CUGCGGCGGAAUCUGACUCUUACGAUCUUUUCGUCAUGGAUUGAACAGCUGCUUAUAUCGCUUAACGCUUUUGAUCUUCAAUUCUUUGCUACUUCUUGAUUCUGUGAUAUGUCUUCGCUAUUCAAAAAUCUCCGGAUCCACCAGGUCUUUGGUGCAAACACAGAUGUGGGCAAGACCAUCCUGACCACUGCUCUUGUCAGAGCAUCUGCAUCCAAAGACGUGCCUGUGCACUAUUUGAAGCCAGUUAGUACAGGGCCUAUGCAGGAUGCCGACGACAGGCAUAUCGAGUGCUUUGCUGGACCGUACCGGGACAACGUCCACACUGCUUGUCUGUUCCGAUUUGACGAGCCAGUCAGUCCGCACCUCUCAGUGCUAUUAGCAGGACAGAAACGCAAUCGUGAGGUAACUGCUCCCACCGAUGCAGAGUUCGUGACAGCGGUGGCACAGCACAUCGAAAAAUCUGCUUUCCGGUUUCCAGGCCCGGCACAUAUGUAUGUCGAGACUGCGGGAGGCGUUCACAGCCCGACACUAUCUGGAACAACUCAAGUCGACGCCUAUCGUCCCUUAUUCCUUCCCACCAUCCUUAUCGGCGAUUCACAACUUGGAGGCAUAUCCACCACCAUCUCUUCCUAUGAAUCCCUCCUUCUGCGCGGCUACAUCAUCGACCUAGUCCUUCUCUUCCACGAUGCUUACUAUCGUAACUACGAGUACCUCAUCCCUUACUUCGCAGAACGUGGGAUUCGUGUUCUAUCUCUUGACCUGCCCCACAAGCGUCUGCCCGAUGAAAACGAAGAGCAGAAAGCGAUGAAAGGCUAUUACGAGCGGCUGGCGCCCGAGCUGAAAAAGGAGGGAAAUAUCUACGAUGCAGUAGACCACCUCGAUGACUGCCAUGCUCGGAGGCUCACAGAACUGGAGUCCAUGCCCCGCCGCUCGCUCGAUACGUUCUGGUGGCCGUUCGUCCAGCAUGGACUCGUGCCCUCCGAGGCGGACGUAAACGUCAUCGACAGCGCAUCUCAAGACUUCUUCUCAAUCUACAACGGGAAACGUGCACCUUCACCCUUUGCCACGUCCGCCUCUCCGACCUCUUCAGGCCCCACCUCUCUGCUCGAACCUCAAUUCGACAGCUCCGCCUCCUGGUGGACCCAAGCGCUCGGGCACGCCCACCCCUCGCUCACCACUGCAGCCGCGCGCGCCGCCGGCCGCUACGGGCACGUCAUGUUCCCGCAAGCGACGCACGCGCCCGCUCUUCGCCUCGGCGAGACGCUCGUCCACCGCGGGCCCGGUGCAGGCUGGGCCUCGCGUGCGUUCUUCUCGGACGACGGCUCGACGGGCAUGGAGGUUGCGCUGAAGAUGGCGCUGCGCGCGUAUGCGGUGCGCCAUGCGGGAGAGAUGGGCGGGAGGAGGAGGAAGGAUUUGGGGAUCCUGGGGAUGAGGGAGAGCUAUCAUGGGGAUACGAUCGGCGCGAUGGAUGCUUGUGAGGAGGGCGUGUAUACGUGUGAGUGGCAUGAGGCGAAGGGCUUCUGGUUGGAUGCUCCGACAGUGUCGAACGUCAAGGGCCGGAUUCUCGUGACCCUUCCUUCGGCCAUCAUCAAGACGGUGGAGGGUACCGAUGCUGCUGACAUGACAAUCGGUUCGCUGAAGGAAGCAUACGACGUCAAAACCCGUCUGCACACUCCACUAGCAGACAUCUACAGGCGCUUCAUCGACCGCACCCUCACCAACUUGCGGUCCAACGGCGGGCCGACCCUCGCCGCGCUCGCACUCGAGCCUCUCGUCAUGGGCGCCGGCGGCAUGCUCUUCGUCGACCCGCUCUUCCAGCGCGUCCUCAUCGACACCGUGCGCGGCGCCGACCCGCGCCACGCCCCAGGUGAGUGGUCGGGGCUCCCGGUGAUCUUCGACGAGGUCUUCGCUGGACUUUACCGUCUCGGCGUGCGCAGCGCGGGUCCGCUGCUUGGCGUGCACCCCGACAUCUCCGUGCACGCGAAGAUCCUCACGGGCGGGCUCGUCCCGCUCUCCGUUACCCUCGCGUCUGAGUCGAUAUUCAGGGCGUUCCAGAGCGAGAGCAAGCUGGACGCGUUGCUGCAUGGGCAUAGUUAUACUGCGUACCCCGUCGGUUGCGAAGUGGCCAACGAGACGCUGAAGAUCGUCGAGAAGAUGGCCGAGGGUGAGGCGUGGGACGCUUCGAGGGCUAGGUGGGGAGCUGCGACAUCUGGCGCGGAGAAGGCGAAACAGGCAUCGGCUUGGAGCUUCUGGGACCCCGCCUUCGUGGACAAGCUCGCACGCCUCGAGGUGGUGGGGGAGGUCACGACCCUCGGCACAGUGCUUGCAUUCAAGAUCCAAGAUGACGUAGACGGAUACCGCUCCAACUCUGCGCAAAAGUUGCUCGAGUCCAUGAGGCUAGGCAUGGCCAGCGAACAGACCUCGGCAGCCCCUGGAGGCGCGCCGUUCGGGAUCAACUAUCGGACGCUGGGCAACGUCGCGUACUUCAUGCUCAGCCUAAAUACUUCCGAGGCGGUUAUCCAUGCCGUUCAGGAUAGGAUCUUGCAGACACUGCAGAAAAAGCCCUCCGCACUAUGAGUAUUAAAAAAAAAGGAGACGGUCGAAUACAGGAGAUGUUUACUUCAUUUUGCUUGGUGAUUAGUACUGGCACCAGGACGGGAGUGCUGAAUGAAAGGCGAUGGUGUCGGUACAGAGGCAGCGCUGGCAUCAUACGUCGAAUGUAUCAUUCUGUUCGCG